AAUGGCGGACGAAGAUGAAAAUAUGAUAAAAUGUGGUAAAGUUGGCAGAUCUCUUAAAGAGUGUCGUUUUUUUCAAUCUCCUUUUGUAGAGAUAAGUGAUAAUGCGUAUAGUAUGUUGGUGGCAAAGUAUGGAACGCAUGUGGUUUGUUUACCAGCGGUGAAUUCUUCGGGAAUCGAUGAAAUUUGGUUGAGAAGAUGGCAAGUAGUUGGAGGGAAUUGCAUUGUUCAAGUAGUUAUUGAURAUGAAGAAUCUGUUCUUAAAGCUGCAGGGGUCAUCCAAGAGCAUUUCUCUUCUACUGUGUCCGCUAUUGACAUUAUUUUACCCCAAGCAGACAAUUCCAACUUAGAUGAUCAAAUGUAUCAACGUCUUCUUAAGAGCAUCAAAACUCUGCACACCAAAUUCUCUUGCCCUAUUGCUUGCAAACUCAUGAUAAGCCAUAAUGACAUUGACAAGACGAUCAGGAUGGCUGAACAGCUGCACCAUGCUGGCUGUAAGGUUAUACUCCUUCAUGGCCGUAUCCAUGGUGAUCACAAACCUUCCGUCCUCAAAAAGAUACACUGGGGCUUGAUUAAGGAAAUCAGAGAUUCAGUAUCAAAAGAAACAGUUGUAGUUCUUGAGAUUGGAUGUCAGUCUGUACAUGAGGUUGAGCGGUGUCUGGCCUUCACAGGUGUUGAUGGGCUUGCUGUGGCAGAACCUCUGUUGUGGAACCCUUCCUUUUUCUUGGAAAAGCGACCCUCAGCUGUGCAAAUGAUGAAAGAUUAUACUGACCUGUGUAUGAAGUGUGCCACACAGUUGGACAUAGCCAAAGAAACCAUCUUGAAAUUCUCUGGAUACAUUCUCAACAGAUUUUCUGGAAUGAAAGACAGGCUUGUCUCUGCCACAACUUACGAGGAGCUUGAUGAAAUCGUAGUAUCUUUAGAUGAGGAGCUGGGGAAAUUAUCGAAAAAGCAAGUGAAGUCUCUAGAAAAGUUACAACAGAGAAAGGAACGCUACAGAAUGAAAAAGAUAAGGAGAAGAGAAGAAACAAUGGGAUUAACUUCUAACAGUGGUGAAUCAGAUGAUAUUUUAUCCGAGGAUCGCUUGACCAAAAAAGAAACGAAGCAAGCCAGGAAAGAGAAAGUGACGACAGCCUUGUUGUCUGGACAACGAGUAGCUAUCGACCUGAGCCUAGAGGAACACAUGACAGACAAAGAAAUUACUAAAGUAGCUGGACAAAUAAGACGACUAUAUGGGUCUAACCUCAAAUCACCUCAACCUUUCCAUGUUUACUUGACUGGGAUGGACAGAAACGGUAGAAUAUACAAAGAAUGUACAAGACAAAACGAAGGCUUUGAGAAAUACUUGAUUGAUAUAACAGAGAGAAAAGUACCAGACAUAUUCGAGUCAGAGAGUAUCGUGUACCUCAGUCCAGACUCUCCAAACAUUCUAGGUGAAUUAGAUGAACACAAAGUCUACGUUAUUGGAGGACUGGUUGAUCACCAAGUCAUCAAGUAUUUGAUAUACUUCUCAAGUUCCAUGAAACCAAAGACUGGGUUCAAGCCCUUGGUUCUGGUGUACCAAAAAGAAAAGGUUUUAUACUUAAACAAUCGAGAGAAAUCUCAAAGCCAAAUCUGGUUUCAUAGGCUUCAAAAUUAAUCCCCAAAAUUCCAAACUUUAAGGGCCAAGGUUAAAAUUUGGUCCUGUAAGAUAACAGUUGUCCCUAAAAGCUUGUGGAUGUGAAGUAUCUCAUCACUCUAAGGCCUUGCUUUCACUGCAACACUGCCAAAAGGGCUUCUUCUCGGGACCCGAUUUUAUCGAUUUAGAAGGUUGGUACUGGUAAAUGCCCCCUCCCUUCCCCCAGAGACCUGCUGAAAUGCUCGAUACUGUGUCUGUGUGACUAUUUCUAUAGAACCCUUGCAGCACAUCGAAAUACAGCUCAAUUUAUAGGACAUAUUAUAAAUAAAUUUUCAAUUCUCUUGAGAUUGACAGAAAUUCUUUUGUUUUGUUGUCCAAAUUGAGCUGCUUUGACGUUACGUGCAAGGGGUCUGUCUAUAUAGUGAAAUUCUUUUGUUUUCUCUUCCAAAUUGAGUUGCUUUGAAGUCACAUGCAAGGGGUCCAUACACAAAUACGUUGUUUAGUAUACAAAAACAGCAGUAUGUUUAUUUCUUUGAUUUGACGUUUUUACUUUGGAGAUACUUGAGAACAAAAUCCAGACAAAAUUUUACUUCCAAAGGUGGUGGGUACCGGGUAUUAAAAACCCAUCCCCCGUAAAUUUGGUCCUGUAAAAUGACAGUUUUUUCAGUUGACCUUGCAUCUAAAGGUUUGAAGAUGUGAAGUCUAAAAGCAAAGAACACUGCAAUUAAUUGCUUUAACUGCAACACAGCCAUAAGGACUUCUUCUCCGAACUCUAUUUUUAAAUCCAGAAACAAUGAAAUAAUCCAAGUGAUAUUUCAUAUAAAUUAUUUAUUUGAAAGUCUUUUAAACUGAUGAUUAGAAUACACAUAUUAUUACAAUUAUAU